AAUGUUCUGAACCGAAAACAUAAAAUUUUCAAGUAUUGCCUUACAUAAAACCUGACUGGCUUUACAGGUUUUAGCAUUAGACAAAUCACAUGAAUAUGGGCCAACGCAAGGUAGUUAGAGGGGAAGAUCAAGCUCCCGGGGAUAAAGUUGUAGACCGGCGCGGCAAAGAGCUCGACUACACACAACUCACCCUUUACGAUGUGAUGCGUAUGGAAAACUACAAGGCCAGCCGAUUUUUGAAAGAAGAGACUUAUCCCAACAUAAGACCGCCAAUAUCUAAGUGUUCUCAUGAAAAGUCGGGAGAGCUUUUAUCGGAGGCCUUUGUCAAGUUGGGUUCCAAGAAACCAUUUGGCAAGGAUAAGAGACAUGACAUCAUGGAGAUAUGGAGGCAAACUCCAAACAAAGACUCACUUAGCUUUUAUGGCAUGGGAUCGCGAACCGAUCGGCCGGAAGCCGUUAAGUAUCGAAAGGCUCUCUCCAACUCACUUGAUAUAGUCAACGGUGUAGAACGAAAAUCAAAGAAAUCAAAACAAAAACCAACGAAAGUUGUAAAGCCACCCAAGCCGAAAGGAGCCUAUGUGCUCAAUCGGAAUACACUGCAUUGUGCCAUUAGCCAAAUGCCUAGAAUUCUACAGAAGACCAGGGCACAGAAUGCCAACAGAAUACUUCAUUGUCCCGAGGAUCAGCAGGAUGACGAUGAGUUCGGCGAUAGCGAUAUUUAUUUUCCUCUUCAAGUUGCUUUCGACAUGUACAAGCCACCCAAACCACCGAAGCAUGGCCUCAGACGUCACCACAUGUAUUGCGAUUUGAAAUGCGGCAUUCCAGAAAACAUGUGUACGUACUAUCAAUGGCUAAAGUACAAGGAAGGUACUCUGCCAGAUAAUGUUCAAUUCGCAUUGGAGCUGGAAAAAGAGCUGGAAAGAGAGCUGUGCAUCAAUAAUAACUUCGAACCGAAGACCUUCGACGAUCUUUAUUCAAAUCUGGUCUCCUGCUUUGAAAAGAACACAUAUCAAAUUUCGCCGUGCACGAUCUACGGCAAAUGUUGCAGACGUCCCGCGGAACGUCACGUCAUCCAAGGUUGCGGCGAAGAUAAGAUCUUCGGGCCUCAAGAAUGUCAAUGUGAAUGUGCUAAACACUAAUGUAUCGAAGUAUACUCACCUUUGGCUUUUUGGCAUAUUGUCCUGUGC